AUGUCUGACUUUUGGAUAAACUAUUUAGAUAAUCCUACAUUAUCUGUUUUACCCCAUGAUUAUUUAAAACCUGCUAACAACAAAUCUGUUGAAGGUACCUACUCAUUUGAAGUUUCUUCACAACCAUCAGAUUUUAAAUAUGGCUUAACUGUCUUUGCUGCUUUGGUUUACAGAUUAACUGGUGAUGAAGAUAUUGUCAUUGCUACUGAUGCUUCUGCUAAUACCCCGGAAUUUAUCAUUCGUUUGAAUUUAACACCAGAAUUGACUUUUACCCAACUUUAUGAUAGAAUUAGUCAAGAAUAUGACAACAAUGUUUCUAAAGUCAACUACACUUCGCUAACUGAAGUUGCUCAUAACAUCAAGAAAGCCAAAAACUUGGAAGAUCUUCCAGGAUUGUUUAGAUUGUCAUAUCAACAUGCAAAUGAUAAUCAACAAUUGAAUACUACCGUUGAAGGGUCUGUUCGUGAUUUGGCUAUUUUCACAGACGGUUCCAAAUUCACUAUAUUCUAUAAUGCUUUAUUAUACUCCCAUCAAAGAAUUGUGAUAUUUGGUGAGCAAUUCAAUCAAUACUUGUCCAAAGUCCAAAAAGAUACCAAUAUUGGCAUCACUAAAGUUAAUUUGAUCACUGAUUCACAGAGACUGCAAUUACCUGAUCCAACAAUAGAUUUGGACUGGUCUGGAUAUAGAGGUGCAAUCCAAGACAUUUUCAUGGAUAAUGCCAACAAACACCCUGAUAGAACAUGUGUUGUUGAAACUGAAUCAUUUAUGGAUUCAAGUUCCAAAACA